AUGGCGAGCCAUUGGCCAGGCUCCGCCGGACUUGCCGGCUUUCUCAACAUCACCGUGACCAACGCCCUAGCCCGAAUGUCUCGCCACUUGCAUCCAAUAGAGUCCUUAGAUUCAAGAGUCGAAACAUCGGUCGACGAUGCGCUGCCAUACAGGCGGAAUAAUUGGCCUGUUGAAAGAACGACCCCCCCACGCAGGGAGGCUCAAGGACUAGAUUCUCUACUUUUCCAAAGCGAUUCUUGCCCCCUUUCCCAGCUCGGGUUCAUCGGUUUUCGAUAUAAGGCUACGGCAGAGGCGUUGCCAAAGUCCCAGCCAGCCUGCUUUUCCCCGUUGCGAAAGGUUGUAGUUCUCUACCAGAAAUCGACUCCAGCAAACACAUCUAAAGCCAUCGAACCAAUGGCGUGGUACAAUUCGGAGGGGCUGAAGAUAUGGAGGGCUAAAUACUCAGAGCCCUGGGUGCCCGGGCCGCCAAACCACGAGCCGCCAAACCAUGAUCCGCCUGGUGCCCCCGGCUUCCGGAUCGGCAGCGCCUCCACUUCCCAAUCGGAGCGGAACCCAGCGCGGCCAUGUCAAGCCCGGGCCGAAGGAGCCCUGCCCCAUCAAGCUCUGCGGAUCAAGGUCCGCCGCACUCCGGUAACUCGUUCCCCCCUCCCUGAGGAACUCAAAUUUCGCCCUACCUCACCCUCUCUCGGCACACUCAACCUUUCCAUCGUCAAGAGAGGGUGUGGACAUGUUACCAAGAAGGAAGCAAAGGCGAAAAACAAGGGAGAACUCAAGUAG